GUUGCUACUCUUAAAGAUUCCCUCCAUUUUCUUUCAGUAGCCCCUUCUCUUUCUUCUCCUACUAGUAUUUAUCCCUUUCUUUCCCAUUUCUCUUCAUUUAAUUUUCUUUCUCUUCUCUCAAAACAUAUCUUCAAAAAGCUGUAGAAUACUAUAGCUAUAUUCCAUUUAUUUCUCCUUCUAUAAGCCUGUUCUAAGUUUAUGGAUAGGUGGAAUACUUCAUUGAGUGGAUUUUACAACUACCCUUUUCGAUUCUUGAAUUUUUAUCCACAAAUAAAAGCUGGUUCUAGUUGUGUUCAUGGCAAGAAUAAUAAAAAAUGGAAGCAUUCUUCUUGUUCUUCUUGGCAUAAUACUAUGUUCUUGUUUGUUAUGAUUGUGUUUUCCAUUUUCCCUAUUAUAUCAGCUGAGAAGUAUCAUUCUGAUGGGAUUAUUGUAACUCAAUCUGAUUUUCAAGCUCUCAGAGCCAUUAAAAAUGAACUAAUUGAUUUUAGAGGAAUCUUGAAAAGUUGGAAUUUCAGUGGACUUGGAGCUUGUGCUGGUGGUUGGGUAGGUAUUAAAUGUGUUAAUGGUAAAGUUAUAGCUAUACAGUUACCUUAUAAGGGAUUAGGUGGAAGAAUAUCUGAAAAAAUUGGUCAAUUACAAGCACUUAGAAAACUUAGUCUACAUGACAAUGUUAUUGCUGGAUCUGUUCCAACUUCUUUAAGUUUUCUUCCAAAUUUAAGAGGUGUUUAUCUUUUUAACAACCGGCUUUCGGGUAUGAUUCCACCAUCAAUUAGAAGAAGUCCAAUGCUUCAAACACUUGAUGUUAGCAACAAUCAACUCACUGGUAUUAUUCCUCCAAGUCUUGCAAAUUCCACAAGGUUAUACAGACUCAACUUGAGCUACAAUGCAUUUUCAGGUUCAAUACCAGUAAGUUUUACUCAAUCUCCUUCUCUUACUUUUCUUGCACUUGAACAUAACAAUCUUACUGGCUCUAUUCCUGAUACUUGGGGUGGUAAUGUGGUUGUAAACAAGUCUUAUUACCAACUUACCUUUCUUACCCUUGAUCACAAUCUUUUAUCUGGGAAAAUUCCAGUUUCAAUUAGUAGGUUAAGUAUGCUUGAGGAGAUUAAUCUUAGUCAUAACCAAAUUAAUGGGACUAUUCCUGAUGAAUUAGGUGGUCUAUCAAGGCUUACUAUUCUUGAUUUAUCUAAUAAUACCAUAAACGGAACUAUUCCUGCUAGUUUUUCCAACCUUUCAGCUCUUGUUACUUUGGACUUAAAGAACAAUCUCUUGGAUAACCAAAUCCCUGCUACCAUGUAUCGAUUGAAAAAACUUUCAGUGCUGGAUUUGAGUAACAACAAGUUCACUGGUCAUAUUCCAUCCACUAUUGGAAAUAUUUCUAGGCUCACCUCACUUGAUUUAUCUGGAAACAACUUCACUGGUGAAAUACCGAACUCUCUUGUUUCAUUGAAAAAUCUGACUUCUUUGGAUGUGUCUUAUAACAAUCUUUCUGGUCUUGUCCCAUCUCUUCUUUCGAAAAAGUUCAAUUCAAGUGUUUUUGUUGGAAACCUAGAGCUAUGUGGAUAUAGUCCAUCAACUCCCUGUGCUUCGCCGCCACCUCAAACUCUUCCUUCUUCUCCUAUUAGUGGGGCUACCAAGCCUCGUCAUCGCAAACUUAGUACCAAGGAUAUCAUUCUCAUUGCAUCUGGAGCUCUUCUAGUUGUUCUACUUCUUUUGUGCUGCUUGUUACUUUGCUGCUUGAUUAGGAAAAAGGCAAAAUCCAAAGCGAAAAACAGUAGCAAAGCUAGUGGCUUAGCUACUACCACAGGGAGAGGUGCAAAGGCAGUUCCAGCAGUAACAGGAACUGAAGCUGAAUCAGGUGAAGCUGGUGGAAAGCUAGUCCAUUUCGAUGGACCUUUCGUGUUUGCAGCAGACGAUUUGUUAUGUGCCACUGCAGAGAUCAUGGGGAAGGGUACUUAUGGGACAGCAUAUAAGGCGACAUUGGAGGAUAAUAAUCAAGUUGCUGUGAAGAGGCUACGCGAGAAGAUCACUAAGGGGCAGAAGGAGUUCGAAGCUGAGGUUGCUGAAUUAGGGAAGAUUCGACACCCGAAUAUAUUGGCUCUUAGGGCCUAUUACUUGGGACCUAAAGGAGAAAAGCUUCUUGUCUAUGAUUACAUGCCUAAUGGAAGUCUCUCAUCCUUCCUCCAUGCUCGAGGUCCUGAGACAACGAUAGACUGGCCUACAAGGAUGAGGAUUGCUAUCGGUAUAACAAAAGGAAUCUGCUUUCUGCAUACCAAAGAAAACAUAAUACAUGGGAAUCUUACAUCAAGCAACAUACUUCUUGAUGAGCAAAACAACCCAAAGAUUGCAGAUGUGGGCCUCUCCAGGCUUAUGACUACUGCUGGAAACACAAAUGUGAUUGCCACUGCAGGCACGCUAGGUUACCGUGCACCAGAGCUCUCCAAAAUCAAGAAUGCAAGCACCAAGACUGAUGUCUAUAGUCUUGGAGUGAUCAUUUUGGAGCUCUUAACCGGAAAGUCACCUAGCGAGGCAACUGAUGGUCUCGAUUUGCCACAGUGGGUAGCUUCCAUUGUGAAAGAGGAGUGGACUAAUGAAGUGUUUGAUGUGGAACUUAUGAGGGAUGCACCUAAUAUUGGUGAUGAACUGCUUAAUACAUUGAAACUAGCUUUGCAUUGUGUUGAUCCUACACCAACUGCUCGACCCGAAGCUCCACAAGUACUACAGAAAUUGGAGGAGAUAAAACCAGAGAUGAUGUUAACAGCCACCAGUUUUGGAGAUGAUGGCACAGCAGUUCAAGAAAAGAGUGAAGAGUAAAAAAAUCUGCUGAUGAAGUAUGGAAAAAGGUUUAAGAGUGGAAAAUUUUGAGCUUUUUUACUUGAUAUCUAAUCUAUUUGUUUAUUCUUUCAUUUUUUUAUCUUCCAGUUAGUGGGAUUGUUGUUUCCUAUUAAAGAUCUACUAGUAAACUGUGUAUAUAUAUACGAGCUUGUGAUUGCUGCAUAGGUUUUACUGAUGAAGAAAAACAUUUUGUUCAAUUCAUUCAUUUUAUUCAUUGUAAUGUACUAAUAAAAUAAAUGCAGUAUCUGUUUUCUCAUGAGAUAA